AUGGCGGCGAUUAUGAAAAUGAGCCAGGAUGAGAAGACUUUGGAAACUAUUUUGGAGCAAUGUUUAUCGAUUAUACUUGAAGUUAUUGAAUGUCUCACUUAUUGUAUACAGCAUACAUGCCAUAGUAGUAAUGAUGGUGUACAUUUGCAAUCUAUUAAUUCAUUACCAAGUACAGUUAUACAUGUAGUUAAAGAAUCCUAUAAUCAUUGCAAGGAGAGCACAACAUUAUAUGGUAAUACAUUCCACCUGGUGUCUGCCACUUUAAGCCAGUUGUUCAAGAAAUCAUUUGAAUUGGAAAAAUUGCUGUUGACAUUACUACAUGUUGUGGAAUUAUCUGGCACAGAAGAUGAUGUCCAGUCCAUAACUGAAGUGUGCAAUGGUCUGUUUAAUAUAUGUAAUGUAAUCAGCAGUGUGGAUGACACUGUCUUGCUGAGAACUUGGAAGAGUUUAGUUGAACUGUCAACAAAACAAAAGCUUUUACUUCGAGAUAGACUUGAGGUGUCCAACAUGAUUAAGAUGUUAUGCCAGGAGAUCCUUCUCACAUACGAGUAUCUAUUACAAUUAGCAUGUGAGUCAAGUAGUUCUCAAAAUGCGGCUAAUGAUAAGAUAUUUGGAAGGAAAUUCAAAGUAUGUAGAUUCUAUGUGAAUAUGUUAAUGACUCUGGUCAAAGAAUUUGAUGGUUACCUGGGUCCUUGCUAUCAAGAAGUUUACAAGCUUAUUUUAUCUAUGCAAAGUAUGUCACCACCUAGCUUGUAUGCCUCAUCUACCAUGCAAAGAUCUAAGAUGCAAGAUAUGAAACAAUCUCUACUUGUCUUUAUUGAACCAUUAGUUCAUAUGAUGCUACCUUCAAGAGGGUUUGCUGAAAUCAUGACAAACAAAGUCACAGAAUUGACUCCUGAGUUAUGGUUUCCACACAUCAACUUAAUGAGUCAGAUAAUGACAGAGUUAUCCAAUCAGAAAUCAGAUGUCAUAGAUCUUUGGCUUGUACCUAGGUGCCAGUCAGAAGAUGCACCAAGAGACAGUAUUAUUGCAUGUUUUUUUCAUUCUAUUCCAAACUGUUAUGUGGAACUCAGUUUACCAUUGUAUAUGCCUGGUAUAAUGUGUGACGGUAAACCAUACAGGGAAGUCAGUUUCUAUGAACAUGUCUGUGUUAAACUCUGUGGAUUUAUUGCUGCAUUGCCUUCCUCAUACUUCCAUGUAGUGGAAAAAUGUGUCUUUGACAAUCUCGUCAAUCAGAAUUUAUUUUGUAAGCUGUUGGCGAUGGAUGUUUGCUGCUUUAUUUCAAGAUGGGGCAGUGAUGAUAUCCGAUUACAUUAUGUUAAUUACUUUGCUGAACUGUUAAUUAGUUUGCCUGAUGUCCACACCACCAUGUGUGUUGUUUUUGCAGAACUGUUGAACAGAUUAAUUUCUUUUCUCAGUGACCAUCAACAGAAUGACUUUCUUAGCAAGUUUUCUAGCACACAGUACCCAGCAUUGUGGAGUUGUAUAUCACUGUCUGUGUUUAAGCAGGGAGACUGUAAACAAAAUAUAAUCAACAGUAUUAUGAAAGAUUGUGUAAGAGAGAUACAGGCUUGGAUCUCAUCUCUACCAAAAACUAACUCAUCUUUGGAGGAGCUGACAGUUCAUCUCAGGCUAUUGUGUAAUGUAAUGAAACAGACUGCACCAUUCAACAUAUCAACACAACUACAGACAUCACUAAAUGAGAUAAUAAGUACACUAUGGGAAGUACUUUCAUUAAGACAGAUAUCUUCAGAUGAUGUCAUAAGUGUAUUGAUUAGAUUGUCCACAUACAAUCUACCAUAUCUACAGUCUGCUCACUUAACCAAGGUUGUGUCUGGUUUGUUGGUUCUACUUUCAUUUCCUCCACCUGUAUCAGUUAAAUUAUCCAUCACUGAAUUUCUGAGGCAUUUCAAUAAAAAGGAAGUUACACCUGGAGUUCAGCAAAGACAGAUUUUGACAGAUUUACCUCAGUUAUUUUCUGAUAUGCUGAAUGAUACAAAUGUAGUUGUACAUCAAAGAGCUUUAGAAGCAUUCAGUAUAUUUGCUGAGGAGACUGUGUAUGAGCAGAUAGUUCCUCAAUGCUUACAGAAAGGAAAUAUACAAGACAUCGUAGUCAAUUUUCUAAAUAAGAUUCCAUUCGCUGAUGAUGAUAGUCUACCAACAAAUGUAGAAGUAUUGAAAAAUCAACAGACGGCUGUUGAGUAUUUACAAAGGGAUAAAUGUGAUGACGGGGAAAAAGCAUCCGUUGUCGGAACUAGAGAAUUGAUUGAGCCCUUCUGUAAAAGAACCAAAUAUGAUGAUUCCGCAUACAGGGAAGCAGUUAACUCCAUUGAAGAGAAUGUCAACCAUAUAAUGGAAUUAAAAGAUGUAAUUCCACCACCUGAUUGGCUUACUGAUGAACUUCAGAAAAUACAAGAAAAGUUGAAAAGCCUAUCUUCUUGUUGAUACGGUAUUGGUAUGUGAAGGGCCUGCCUUUCCCCACUUGAAUACUAAUGAUGCAUCUCCCUUCAAGAAAGGAAUUCUUCUGUGGCAUAUAUGCAUUGCUAAUGAGUCCAACAUAUGUUGUGUGUGUGUGUGUGUGUGUGUGUUCC